UUAACUUGUGGCAACACUGAGCAAACAGAGGGUUGUCAUUUCCUUUCACAAUUUGGUACCAAGAUUCAAAAUUAUUGAAGUAAUGUUUACAAGAUUGUAUAUAAAAUAUGAAAAAUGUGAACAAUUUUGUUGUAAAAACAUUAACUUCUGAGUCAUCUGGUUACAUAGUCAAAACUGUCAGCACAACCACUGCUGGUCCUGGAGGUUGUGUAGUAGUCAUCCACACAGAGGAGGAGAAGCGGCUGGUGAGUGUUAAGGACAGAGAGGACUACCUGGUGCCUGAACUCCCCCCUACAGUGAUCCACGUCCCGAUCUUCCCCUCGGCUAUUCCCGCCUUUGGACCUAUCACUACCGAAGCCAGCACCAACACCGAGUGUAAUUCCAUCAGCUGCUGUACCCAGACCUCCGGUGGGCCAGACAACCCACCCAACCCAGGCUGCAGACCUCAGCCUCAGGAACCCACCCCAGGCUGCACACCUCAGCCUCAGCAACCCGCCCCAGGCUGCACACCUCAGCCUCAGGAACCCAGCCCAGGCUGCACACCUCAGCCUCAGCAACCCACCCCAGGCUGCACACCUCAGCAACCCGCACAGCACAGCCAUCCACUAGCCAAGGUCCCGAGGAGUACAACCAGCAGAGAGAAGUUGCGAGACGCUGCUCCACGUCCAGGAGAGAACUCUAGAGCUGCUGAGUCUUCCACAGAGUCGGACUCUGAGUACUCAUACAGCUCAGAGAGUGAGUCGUCGGCUUGCUGGUGCGAGACUACGUACGACACAAUUUCACGUCUACCUUGACUCUGUGACAGUACAAACCAGACCAAUCAUGUUGAGCUGUCAUGCAGCCUGGAGCCGUAGGACUUUGACGUUCCAGCAACUUCAGGACCUGUUGGACAUGUGGUUUUUGGAGACAGAGGACGAAGAAAGACUGUUCCACAAUAUGGCUCGGGAACUGAAUCAAAGGGACAGGAUCAUU